AUGGUAAAGUUUAUGGAGGAAAACAGCAGCACCAUGUCAGAUUACGGCUUCAUGGACAGCCACAGGGAACUGACAAAAAUGCUUUCUGAUCAGGAUGUCGAUAUAAAGGACUGUAAACAUUCAGUGAGAUACGUUAAAGGAGAAAUCAGUGAUGAGGUACUGGUGAAGAUGAUUGGGAAAACUCUGGAUUUUGAUGAUAUCAGUUUGACUGAAACAAAUUCAUUUAAAUUUGAAGAUAAACAUAUAGGUGUAUUGAGGGCAUUGUGUGAAGAUCAGUGUUACAUACAACAAUUAGGGUCGGAUAACAUUGAACAAGUAAAUAAACAAGGUGAGAUAAAACAGAAAUAUAAUAUCAAAGCUGCUAACGACAUUUGUGUAACUGAUACUGGUGAUGUUUAUUUCACUGACUAUUAUAACAAUUCCAUCGGCCGUCUGUCACCAUCAGGAUCUGUGUCUACAGUCAUCAGUACAGAUCCACUGGAACCAGUAGGAAUCUGUCAGUCAGUGGACGGUGGACUAUUGGUCACCUUGAAAGACAAGGAAUCGGCUGAAUGCAAAUUAGAGCCUCAAAGUAGACGUCUGGUGAGACACAUCACAAUGACAGGUGUCAUCCAUGAGUAUGAGUACCAGGAGGACGGUCAGACCAGACUGUUUACAUUUCCAUACAGAGUCACACAGAACAAUAACAGUGAUAUCUGUGUUGUGAACAUAACAGAUAUUUUAACUGGUGAUCUACCGAUUUUGUCUCCCUCUGGUCGUAUGAAGUCUGUCUACCGUGGACAGAACCCGGCAGAGGUCUUUUUUCCAGGUGAUGUGGUGUGUGACUCCCUCUGUAACAUCCUUGUUACUGACGAAAUUAACAAACAGAUUCAUCUUCUGAGUCCCGACGGGGAGUUCUUGAAGUUCCUAAUGACGGAAAAUGAAGUGAACCAUCCAAUCAAAUUAACCUUCUGCAAGUCUACACUGUGGGUCGGAUAUGUUGAACAAGUUGUCAAAGUGUUUCAGUACAGAGUAUAA